AAAACUUUGAGUUUGGUCCUAAGUUAAAAUGUGAACUUGUUCGUAUAAGAACUUUUGCUAACUAGUCAUAAAUAUUAACGAUAACUCAUAUACAAAACACUAUGCUAACAAUGAAGAAGUACAAAACUCAACUUAACAAUAACUAACAUAAUUCUUAACGAUAACUUUUGUACAAAACAUUAUGUUAACAACAAAGAAUAACAAAUUUGGUAUAAAAAAUAACCAACUAACAACAAACCACAUACUAACACGAACACGAACCUAAGUAAUGAGAAUGUUGAGCUAAAACAGAUCAUAUACACGUUUCAAAAUAAACUCCCAAACCUUGUAAACUACAAAGAAAGGAACACAGAACAAAGUGUAUUGGUUCGAACAAAGUUCAAAAUGAUUGUUUAACAAAUCGAACUCAAUAAACCCGAACUAAAAAAUGAUCGAUUAAUUCAUGAUAUCAUAUACAUAUCAAGUACAAAGAAGAAUUACGAGUACAUGUAAAUGAUUCCUUGAAGUCUCUGAAGGAGGAGAUAAUUGGAAUCCAUAAUUUUGUGUUUUCAUUUUGAAGAAUCGGAAAAACUAUAUAAAAUCCUAUAUUUAGGGUUUCAGAUUUUUAAAUCACCGAAUGAAUAAGAGAAAUUGGAGUGAAUAUAUGAGAAUAACAUUACAAAAUGAUAUGUAGAAAGAAUAUCAUGAUUUAUGGAGACUGCUUGAAUUGAGUUAUGAAAUGAGAAAAAAAAAGUAAUUUGAGUAGAAUAUGAACUCGGAUUAUAAAUAUACUCGAUCGGAUUUCAGAUAUAUACUAUACUGACUACUGAUCCGAACACCCAUAAUACCAAUUCUAAAGAUCUAAUCAGUUUCUUAGCAAGAUCCAAAUCCGACUCGUACCAUUCUAUCGGAUGAGGUUCGAAUUAUCGAGUUCGGUCUAUUUGCUCAUGACUAAGUUAAUAUAAUUCCGUUAAAUUUGUCUUUGCUAAAAACAUGUUAGCAUAAAGAAAAUUCUCCAUUUGCAUGAACAAAAGCAAAAAAACAUACAACUUAUAUAUAUGCAAAAAGGAACAAACAAUAGCACAUAUAAAAAAAAAAAUUAAUACUAAAGAAUUGUAUAUACGUACUGUUUCUCUCUCCCUCCGUGUAUUUAACACUGAUGAUCUAUGCCGCAGAGUAUUGAGGAACAACAAUCUCACAGGGGAAAUACCAUCUGAUAUUGGAGACUACUCAAGCCUGCAACAAGUUGAUUUAAGCUUCAACAAACUACAUGGACCAAUACCGUCUUCACUUUUCAACUUAACUCGACUUACUCACUUGUUUUUAGGAAACAACACGUUGAAUGGUUCCUUGCCCACUCAAAAGAGUCAGUCGUUAAGCAAUAUUGAUGUGUCGUACAAUAAUUUGUCUGGAAUUCUUCCUUCGUGGGUCAGCUUACCAAACUCGAAAUUUAACCUGGUUGCUAACAACUUCACACUGGAAGGUCUUGACAACAGGGUUUUAUCAGGACUGAAUUGUCUGCAAAAGAACUUCCCUUGCAAUCGAGGCAAAGGAAUCUAUUACAACUUUUCAAUCAACUGCGGAGGACCGGAUAAAAGGUCCGUUAGCAGGGCACUAUUUGAGAAAGACGACGCGGAUCUUGGACCAUCUUCGUUUUUCGUGAAUGCUGCUAGAAGAUGGGCAGCUAGUAGCAUCGGUCUUUUUGCCGGAAGUAGCAGUAAUGCAUAUAUAGCUUCUUCACUAUCGCAAUUUACCAACACUUCAGACUCGGAGCUUUUUCAGACAGCAAGACUUUCUGCAUCUUCCCUAAGGUAUUAUGGCCUGGGGCUCGAGAAUGGAGGCUAUACCGUAACUCUUCAGUUUGCUGAAAUACAAAUGGAAGCUUCUAACUCUUGGAAAGGGCUUGGAAGACGACGAUUUGACAUUUAUGUCCAGGGAAGACUUGUGGAAAAGGAUUUUGAUGUACUCAGAACAGCUGGUGGCUCUACUAAUAGGGCAGUUCAUAAAGUAUAUAAAGCAAAUGUGACAGAAAAUUACAUCGAAGUUCAUCUUUUCUGGGCUGGAAAAGGAACAUGUUGUAUUCCUAUUCAGGGGGCUUAUGGGCCAAUAAUAUCGGCAGUCAGUGCAGCGCCAGAUUUUAGACCAACUGUGGAUAAUAAGCCACCAUCAAAGGGAAAGAACAAGACUGGUAUUAUUGUCGGUGUCAUUGUUGGCUUAGGACUUUUGAGCAUCCUUGCGGGUCUUGGUAUCUUCAUCAUACGAAAAAGAAGAAAGCCUUACACUGAUGAUGAAGAGCUACUUAGUAUGGAAAUAAAGCCUUACACAUUUACUUAUUCGGAACUUAAAAGUGCAACUCAAGAUUUCAAUCUCUCAAACAAGCUUGGAGAGGGUGGAUUUGGGCCUGUUUAUAAGGGAAACCUUAAAGAUGGAAGAGAGGUAGCUGUGAAGCUGUUGUCGGUUGGAUCCAGGCAAGGGAAAGGACAAUUUGUUGCAGAAAUUGUAACAAUUUCUACAGUUCUACAUCGCAACUUAGUGACACUUUACGGCUGCUGCUUUGAAGGAGAUCAUCGUUUGCUCGUGUAUGAGUAUCUCCCUAAUGGAAGUCUUGAUCAGGCACUAUUUGGGGAUAAGAGUAUACAUCUUGAUUGGUCAACCCGUUUCGAGAUAUGCUUGGGAGUAGCCAGAGGUCUAGUCUAUCUCCACGAGGAGGCGAGGGUUCGCAUUGUACACAGGGAUGUGAAGGCCAGCAACAUUUUGCUUGACUCCGAACUGGUUCCAAAAGUUUCUGAUUUUGGGCUGGCGAAACUAUACCAUGACAAGAAAACUCACAUAAGUACCGGAGUUGCAGGGACCAUUGGAUAUCUUGCGCCAGAGUAUGCAAUGCGUGGACAUCUAACGGAGAAAACAGAUGUGUAUGCAUUUGGUGUUGUGGCUCUUGAGCUAGUUAGUGGAAGGCCAAACUCUGAUGAGGUCUUAGAUGACGAUAAAAAGUAUCUUCUUGAAUGGGCAUGGAAUCUACACGAGAAAGGCCGUGAAGUUGAACUAAUAGAUGAUAGGCUAAGUGAAUUCAAUGUUGAAGAAGUGAAACGAGUGAUUGGCGUUGCUCUGUUAUGCACACAAGCAUCUCAUUCCUUGAGACCACCAAUGUCACGAGUGGUGGCUAUGUUGUCGGGGGAUGUUGAGGUCAGUGAUGUCACUUCCAAGCCAGGCUACCUAACUGACUGGAGAUAUGAUGAUAUCACCACUUCCUCUGGCUUUCAAACCAAAGAGACAGACACUUCUAGCUCCAAGAUAUCGCCCGGAAACACCGACUCUCUUCCAAUGCUUGGAGCCAAGAUCAAUGUUGGAAGAUGACAAUAUCUCUUCUCUGUUGGCCAUGGUGAUGCUUCUAUACGAGUUCAAUAUCUUCUUCCUUGAUUGGAGAAACAUAUUUCAUUUUUUUAUUGGAUAAAUAUUUUAGCUCUACUUUUUUCUUCUUUUUAAUGUGAUAUUUGUGUUGUGGUGAAGUUGAGAUAUAUUUUGUUCUAUGGGCCACUGAAAGAAAGAAUGUGUAUUUGAGGUCCAUUGUAAGUGAGAACUGUAUACUUUAUAGCUUACAAAUCGUUGUCCAUAUGGAUAAAGAAUUUAAAAUUAACUCAAUGCAAGAAUUCAGUGUC